AUGCCAACUACAAAAGCAUCGGCAGAAGCGGCACUGGCUGGUCGCCUUGGCGUUCGUGCCGCUAGCCACCUGGAGGAAGCGUCGCCAGCAGGUGUGGCUGCCAUGGCGACAAGUGGAGUCGCUGCCGUCCUUCUACCCUCCACAGCUCAGCUGCUCCGACUACGUCCACCACCUGCACAGGCCAUCUUUCAGGCC